AAUUCAAGGCAGAAACAGGGAAAAUUUUGUUCGUCACAAAUAAUCCCAUUUUGGGGAAGUAGUUAAGUGCGUUUAAGUAGUGUAAAGUAACGAUGGAAAGUCGGCGCGUUCGGGUAGCAUAAAAGUUGAACCGGAAACGGCCGCCCAAUGGCAUAAAUUGUGGAAUACUGUUCAGCCAUUCGCCCUUUUUCGACUGCUGACUGCAAAGGAAUCCCCUUUUGCAAGUUAUUCCUUGGAUUUCCAUUUUUCUACCAACACUACCACCACCACCACCUCUUGGAUUUUGGUGUUCUACUGGCACUAAGAGAGGGGGUUAUCCUUUCUUUCCUCGCGUAUCAUUGUCGUCGUCGUCGUUCUCGUAGUCGUCAUGAACGGUGGCUGUGUACGUACUGUGUAGUUUCCCAAUCCAGCCAGCAACAACGAACGAAAAAAGUAAAACACAGAAAUGAGGAAAGAUUUUUCCGACGGAUUUUCCCCAUGAGCUGCCUACCUAUCCGAGGAGGAGUUAGUCAAAUGAAAAAUUCCGACUCACAGUAUGGAAUUUGAAGAAAAGUGUUUAUCAUCGGACAAUUUUGCUACAGGUUCAUCGAUAUUAUGGUGCUGCAUAGCUGUCGCCAUUCUGCAUUUAGGGAGAUGGGAAUAAUUUUUGGUGCGUGUGUUGCUGUCGAUGCCUGCCUGUGAAGUUAUGUGGAGUUAACAGCAGGAUCAAGAGAGUGGCCCCAAAAGUAUUAUUCUAAUCGCCUUCAUCUUGUCGUCUAUCGAGUGGAAUACGGGCGUUUCACCGUUCUCAAUGCGGAUUAGUCACAGUGAAGUAAAGGUUACUGGGGCGUAAAACCGCUCGGCCCUGAAGGGCGAAAAGAUCUUACAAUUGUAAAAAUAUUUUUUUCGCUAUUGAUCGAUAUUUCUAAGCUGCGUUAGUUUUGUUAUUGUUGUCGAAAUUCUCGCAGAGUUAAUUCUCCUAAGCUUCUUAGGAGAAUAAAGUGAAGGCAGUGUGUCAGUGUAUCAUCACCUUAAGAGAGAUUCAGGAGGGGAUUUGGAGCAAACAAGGAAUAUGUGGGCGUUAGAAGUGACACGAUAAGUUUCCGUGCUAUAGAUAUAAGAAAAAAAUAAACGUCUUCUAUGGAGGACUGUUCGGAAUAUGGCAAUCCUCACCACCAUCCACAACAACAGCAACAGCAACAACAACAACAGCCUCAGCAUCAUCGACAUGGAUUACAGCAACAGCAGAGCCAUCAUCAUCAAAAACAGCAGCAGCAACAUCAUCAUCACCAGGCAGCGAAACUGUCAGCUGCGCUCUCGUCUAAUGCACUAUCACAUCAUCAGGGACCGGGGCAAAUCGUGGGAAGUAGUGCAACUUUGACCUGCGGGGGUCGCCGUUCGUCCUAUGGCCACAGCCACUAUCAACAGCAAUUGGUUCCGCAGACCGUCAACUUCCACGACAGCCUUACGUUGGGCGAUAACGUCUCGAUAAGCAGCGGAAGUAUUAUCAGCAAUCAUUCGGGCCAACGGUAUGUACCGGAUCUGCACUACGGAACGCUGGGAAGUCGUGGCAGCACUCUGCAUAGCGAACGGUACAUCAUCGACGAUAGCAGCUGCAUUCAGCCUCCCUCGCCGGCCCCCAGCAAUGAUCACUACGUCAUGGGAAUGCCGUCACCAUCUCCUGCACCUCCCAUCGCUAGUCACAACUAUCCCACAUCGGAACGGCAUUACACGUUGCAGCAGCGCACGAUGAGUCCUUCGAACAAUCCAAGAUAUAGACACAGUUUAACAGAAAAUUAUCGAGACAUCUCACCCCAAUGCGAACGGUAUAUACCUCCACCUGCACAUUUUCUCAACUCAACAAACCCACUAGGGGCAACGGACAGUUAUGGUUAUCUUAAUUCGAAUAUACACACUCCCGUUAAACGUUACGUUCCAACACCGCCACCUCAAGAGCCAACCUAUCAGCCCCAAACUCAACUCAUGACUGCAAUACUGACGCAAACUGCUGCCACCACAUCUCAACAACGAAAUAACCAUUUGACGAGCACUUUGCCGUACAGAUUCCGGGUCAAAUCCUGUCCGAAUGAGCAAACCAUUUCGCCACCACAGGGAUUCGAUACUUCCGAUCAUUAUGCAACACCACCUCGUGUUCGUCCCCUGAAAUGCCCGUCUUCCCUUACAGCAAGUUGCUCGGCACCGAGUUCAGCGCUUUCUUCCCAAGCCGUCAACUCCGGAAGACAGUCUCGGCAAAGCCAAGAGUAUUUGAUUGCUCGCACUCCGAGUGCUGAAUUUCUCGAGCAUCCAACAUGCAGAGUCUCGACGCCUGUGAGCGUAAUGAGCGAACCCAAUGGCAGUACAUCAUGUCUUCACUGUAACACAUUGCGUCGAACGACAGGAGUUCAUCAAACAACACAAACCAGUGGUCCCAUUAGUCCGCAGCCUCUGUCCAUGUCAUCCACAACAGAAUCCACCGGUCGUCAAUCGCCCAUGAGUCCGGCAUCGAUAUCAUCUACCAUGGCUGCCGCUCAAUCAUCCAACAGUUUGCAUCAACAAUCAUCGCACAACCUUCAGCUACAAACACAGUACCAUCAGCAACAGCAACAGCAGCAGCAGCAAUCUAACAGCAUGAUGAGUACAGCACAAUCACAGCCGCAGAUCGCACCCGAUCAUUACAGCUCUUUGGAAACGAGAGACAUUUCCACCAUACCCAGAAAUCAUGCCAAACAGCAACCACAUCAGCAAUCGACCACCAACUCAUCUGAGCAAAGUAUUCUGACCAAUAGUAACAGCCGUUCGCUACUCAUACCGUAUCAACAGCCAAACAUCUUAUCGCAACCAAUAGCUACAACGCAACAGCAGAUCCAACCACCAACUGCUGCACAAUCUAUACCACCGUCACAGAUUUUACCGCAACCAGCACCUCAGCAGCCCCAACCUCAGCCUCCACAACCACAGAUAGCACCGGUGGCCAUGCCUGGUCCUUCCGUACAACCGCAUUCACCUCCCGUGAGCGAUUCGCCAGCAUCAACACUGCAACGAAAUGCACAACAGCAAAUAUUACGUCCGAUCGGGCCAAACAUGUCCCGCAAGCAACGUAUCAAGGAGUACAUGAGACACGAAACAGCCAAAUUUUUCGGAGUUGAUAAUUUUAACGAGGAGUACGAACGACACAAGUGGGAGGACCGGCAGAAGCGUUUUGCUAUUCGCCGUUUUGGACAGCUGAAGGAUGAGUACGACUUCAGCUAUCGGAACAACAAUGCCAGCAAUAAUACAGCGGAAGAGCACAACGCACCACAGGUGGACAGGCCUGAUGUACUACCAGCGCAAAGUCAAGACGAACGCGAUACGGAGCAGAGCCGUCGACAGCGUUCGAAUCCACACUAUAGCCACGAUAAUGAAACUGAUGGCGUAGUGAUUAGGACCGAAAGAAAACCAUCGGUUCCGACGGUCAUUUGGAAUGGAAUAUCUUUCAUUGUUCAAAGUAUAACACGGAAACGGUUGAGGAAACCGAAGCAGUGGUCACGAAGUUUUGCUCCAGCGCACGUUGAACUCACAAGUGAAGAUAACGAUCUAUGCGAUGGUCUUCAACCAAUUCAAGAUGAAGAAACUUUUUUUGAUACGCCUGCUGCUCAAAUUGUUCCUCAGCUGAACCAGGGCCCGGUUAUCGACAACUCAAGACAGUUGUUUGUGUCCGAUGGUGACCGUGGGAUGGGAGGGGCUGCCGGCAGUGGCAUCAUCAACGGGUGGCGUACCCGUUCGGCUGAACUACAAGGACAGGCCCGAGAAGCUGCCUCCAAUACGCUCGGCCAGAGGAUAUCCUCACACAUAUUGGAUGGCGUUUUGGACAAUUCCGUAAGGCCGAUUUCGAACAAAAUAAAGUUGCUUCGACCAAAUCUGCUGGACGAUCGCUACGAUUAUCGCCCGUUCUUCACCUACUGGAUAAACUCGGUGCAGAUACUGGUGCUCGUUAUUUCCCUAAUUUGUUACGGAUUCGGACCAGUUGGCAUAGGAAUGGAAUACAAAACGGCACAAGUGCUGGUAACCAGCUUAAGUUUACAACAGGUUCAUCAUCAAGAAACUCGGAAUGUGUGGAUUGGACUGAAAAACAUUGACAUAGUUCAUUUAGGGGCAAAAUACGGAGCGUGUAUGCGACGAGAUUCCCGCAUAUCUGAGGUCGCAACAAAAACCCGAAAACUAGAGCGAGAAACAGCUUGCUGUAUUCGCAACGAUGAUUCCGGCUGCGUGCAAAGCUCACAGGCAGAUUGUUCUAUGCGUGGCCUUUGGCCAACAGUAAGCUAUUGUUAUGUUAUCUUAAAAUUUCACUCUUCAACACCUUUCACUUAUCAAUUUCAGAAAACGAUAGCUACAUGGAAGAAAUGGUCUCCAGGUGAGUCCGGCCCGGGAGGCCGCAUUUCCGGCAGCGUGUGCGGUCUUGAUCCCAAGUACUGCGAUGCGCCGGCUUCCAUAGCGCCCCACGAGUGGCCAGACGAUAUCACCAGGUGGCCGAUUUGUCGGAAGAACAAUCAAUUCUCUCAGAGAUUCCGCUUCAAGGAUCACACUGCCGAGCACAUGGUGUGCGAAGUGAUCGGGCAUCCGUGCUGUAUCGGAAUAUACGGCGAGUGUCGCAUCACUACCAGGGAAUAUUGUGAUUUCGUCAACGGGUACUUCCACGAGGAGGCGUCACUUUGUUCACAGGUUUCCUGCGUGAACGACGUCUGCGGCCUGUUCCCGUUCAUCGCCAGCGGCUAUCCGGAUCAAUUUUAUCGUCUUUUUACGUCGCUUUGUCUACACGCAGGCAUCAUACAUCUAGCAAUCACCGUUGCCUUUCAGCAUUUGCUGAUGUCGGAUCUGGAGCGGCUGAUCGGGCCCCUGCGGAUGGCGAUCCUCUACAUCGGAUCGGGCAUUGCCGGCAACCUGACCAGCUCCAUUUUUGUGCCAUACAAAGCUGAGGUCGGUCCACUGCCGGCGCUUGCUGGCGUCCUGUCAUCACUGAUGAUACAGCUGAUUCUGUGUCACUGGAAGAGCUUGAAGAAACCGCACGUAGCUAUGAUCAAAUUAUUAGUUAUCGGAUGUACAUUAUUCGGAUUAGGAACGCUACCCUGGCAGCAAAACUUUACCGGACUGAUAGCCGGUUUGAUAUUCGGUAUUGUCAUUACGUUGGCCUUCGUGCCAUUCGUAAAUGUGACGAAGCACAGCAGAAAGAGUAAGAUUAAUCUCAUAUGGACAUGCAUGGUGCUGCAGUUCGUCUUCUAUGUCGUGAUGUUUAUCCUUUUCUACGUUUUCCCGACACUAUUUUCAUCCUUGAACUUUAUCGAUGGAAAUCAACUGGCGGAUCACCAUUCGGCGGCUCACGGCUAUCACGACCACUACCAUCUGUACGAAGGCUUUCAGAACUACAAUCCGGGUAAUUCCGGAGGCGGAAGCGGCCAUGUUCACAAUCACGGCAGCGGCGGAGGCAGUGGGACUGGAGGUAUCAUUAACGGCGGAAAUCACAUUGUCACGACGUACAACGUGAAUAACAACUAUAAGUCGCCGACAGGGCAUGGCGGUGGGAUUCUGCACAAUCAUCACGAGUACAGUGGCGGAGGAGGAGGUGGGGGUGGGGGCAUUAGCAUGUCCGGCGGUAUCAAUAGAGUUAGCAGUAGUAACAACAAUAACAACAACAAAAAUAACAAUCCCAUGAAAGGUAUUGGUAUGUGUGAGAAGGGGCAGUGCGUCCAACGUCAGCCUCGAAACGCUGACACGAAUGCAUGACGUCGAUGUUUCCUGCUGUUUACGUCGCUGGAGUUACUUUUCGUCUUAUUUGUCCUGCUGGCACUGUAUGAUGUUGAUGAUUUCCAGGUCAUUUAUCAGUUUGUGAUGUGAUAUAAUCGACAACCCACAAUAGUGACGAACCAAAAUCUGUUGUACGACCUUUUUCUAUUCCCACAACCAAUGUGAUCAUUAUCAUGCAUUUGUAUAGCUUAGUUAACCAAAAUUAGUUGAUCCAUUCUUUGUUACCCUUAUUCUUGAUUCUACACAAAACAAACUAUUUACAUUCAAACGUCCCACUAUACACUCACACUAGACAAACUAAUCGAAUCCAUACAAAAAUAAAUUAAACCUCUUUACAUUGUAUAGCACCGGCAAUUCGGUUAUGUUUUCGUUUUUAUCGUACCUUAGUAAAGUUUUGACUCUUAUCUUUACACAAAAUAUAUUACGCAAAUAUAUAGUAAAUACAAAACUUAUAAGAUAAACAAAAUACAAACACUGAAAACAAAGAAGAAAAAAACAAACGUGCAAGUGGAGAAUGCGAGUGAACAUAAAAAAAACAAUUCUUAGAAUUGCCCUCAGUUAGUUCGAAUCUAGCUAUCCCUCUAUAUGAUAUAUUAAUUGAAUAUAUAUAUUGUAAGAUCUUCUGAGUAAAUAACAACACACAUACACAAAUACACAAGUUCUAAAAUGAGAAGAAAGAAAAGGAAAAAUAAAACAAUUAGAUACAGAACAGAUUAAUUUGUAAAACCGAACAAAAACACAACCACACAAAACCAACAAACAAACAGAAUGAUAUGAAUGAAUAACAAUGAGGAAUGA